AUGGUGCCGGCGAAGGGGUGGAGCCGGAGGGUCGGGAGCGCGCGGUCGUUCGUGGGGAACGCGCUGGGCGGCGUGCGCGGUUGGACCAACGUCGCCUCCUGGGCGGUCGCCGGGAGCCUCGCCUACUACCUCUGGGUCCGACCCGCGCGCCAGCUCCAGAAGGAGCAGCAGGUCGAUUUCCCCUUGCUAAUUCUUGUUACCGCUGUGAUUGUCUUCUAUUGGAUGGAUCGGUCUGGACAUAUCGCUUUCUCGGAUGAGAUCGCCGAACGAGCUGCUUUAGCUGCUGCCUCGGAUCCAUACCGUUAUGUCGAGAAACGGAGGCCAAUUCCUGACCCCCAGGACACUGGCCUAACUUACGGGAAGAAGAAGGAUCCUCCGAAGUCUGACAACUAG